AUGUCUGAUCCAAAAUAUCUAUCAGGAUUUGGUUCGGAGUUUGCCAGCGAGGAUCCUCGCAGGCCAGGGUCCCUUCCAGAAGGCCAGAAUAGUCCACAGCGCUGUGCGUAUGGCCUCUACGCUGAACAACUUUCUGGCAGCGCAUUUACGGCUCCAAGAAAUGAAAACAAACGUUCUUGGCUGUAUAGAAUCCGUCCGUCCGUGGUCCACAAGCCAUUUAAACGCUCAGCUAUCGCAAAAUAUUUAACUCAUAAGUGGGAUGAGGCCGAGCCAGAUCCGAACCAAUCGCGCUGGUCGCCAUUUUCCAUUCCGACGAGCGAAAAAGUGGAUUUUGUUGGGGGGUUGCAUACCGUUUGUGGCGCUGGGGACCCUCGCGCAAGGAACGGAAUCGCUAUUCAUGUCUACCUGUGCAACACGUCGAUGGACAAGAGCGCGUUCUACAGCAGCGAUGGAGAUCUACUCAUCGUUCCGCAACAAGGCGUCCUGAAAAUCAAAACUGAAUUCGGCAAGAUGGAGGUCGCACCGAACGAAAUCGCUGUUAUUCAACUCGGGAUGAGAUUCGCCGUUGCUGUCGAUGGACCUACGAGGGGUUAUAUCUUAGAAGUAUUCGACGGACACUUCAAGUUACCAGACUUGGGCCCUAUUGGUGCCAAUGGUUUGGCUAAUCCUCGCGACUUCCUUACCCCAGUUGCUUGCUAUCACGAUGAAGAAAUACCAGGUUUUAAGAUAAUAAGUAAAUACCACGGAGCUCUCUUUGAAGCUGAACAAAAUCAUUCCCCCUUUGACGUCGUGGCGUGGCAUGGCAAUUAUGUUCCGUACAAGUACGACUUGAGCAAGUUCAUGGUUAUCAAUUCUGUCUCGUUUGACCACUGCGAUCCUUCAAUAUUCACUGUCCUAACUUGCCAGUCCAAUAAGCCGGGAGUAGCGAUUGCGGAUUUUGUCAUUUUCCCGCCUAGAUGGUCCGUCCAAGAGAACACAUUCAGACCUCCAUAUUACCACAGAAACUGUAUGAGCGAGUUUAUGGGUUUGAUCCUGGGUUCUUACGAAGCGAAAGAAGGCGGUUUCCUCCCUGGUGGAGCCUCACUCCACUCAAUGAUGACACCGCACGGACCGGACACGCAAUGUUUUAAAGCUGCUUCUACGGCCAAACUUGAACCGCAAAAAGUUGCUGUUGGGACCCAGGCCUUCAUGUUCGAAUCGUCCCUCAGCAUGGCAAUCACGAAAUGGGGGGCGGAGACCUGCCAAAAACUGGACGCAAAGUAUUAUGAGUGCUGGCAGGACUUACCCAAAUUAUUCUCUGACAAAAUUAACGUUUAA